AUGGAGAAGAUUUCUGAUCAUAUGUGUCGGUAUAAAGGAUAUAACUUUGCUAUUAAUGAGUUACUUACUGCAGAGUACAUCGAUUCACUCCAGAGUUUUGAAAUCAGAGACAGUGACACAUUUAUUGUCACUUUUCCCAAGUCAGGUACUGUAUGGUCUCAGCAGAUCAUCAUCUCCAUCUGUGAGUUAGCUGGUGGUCUGAACCAAUAUGCUAACAAUUUCGAGCAGAUGCCAUGGUUGGAAUACCGAGAGGAGGGGCUGGAGGAUUAUACUCUGAGACGGUCACCUCGCCUCUUUUCCUCUCACCUGAUCCCAGCCCUGAUGCCACCAGGACUGAAAAACAAGAAGGCAAAGAUCAUUUACGUGAUGCGGAACCCAAAGGACGUCGUCGUGUCGUUUUACCACUUCAGUCAUAUCCUCAAAGAUCUGGACACGCCCGAGAGCUUCGACAGCUAUUUGGAACAGUUUUUGGAAGGAAAAGUUAUAGGAUCGUCCUGGUUUGACCACAUCAGGGCGUGGCAUUCACACAAAGACCAGUACAACAUCCUGUUCCUGACCUACGAGGACAUGAUCAUGGAUCUUAAAGGGGCAGUGACGAAGAUCUGUAAGUUCUUGGGGAAAAACCUCAGUGAUGCAGCCAUCGAACAGGUCGUCGAAAAAUCAACCUUUAAGACCAUGAAGAAUGACUCAAAAGCAAACUACAAGUUUAUUCCACCGGAGAAGCUCAGUGGAGACUUCAUGCGCAAAGGUAAAAUCGGAGACUGGAAAAACACUUUCACCGUCGCCCAGAGCGAAAGAGUCGAUCAGAUGCUUCAGGAGAGACUCGGUGACAUGAAUCUGAAGUUCAUCUGGGAAUAAAAACACUGUUGAAAACUAAAACGGUCAAAUGACAGACUACAGCAGAUGCAAAACUAGAAGAAAUCGCUAAAAAAUUACUAUAUUCAAGCAGCUUCAGUUGAAUGAUAGCAGGACAAAUUCUG